CCGCCCCAAGGAGUCUAAGAUGUUCGCCUGCACCCCCGCUCUGAUCCCAGCUGGAUCCAGAGUUGCUUACAGACCAAUUUCUGUAUCAGAGUUAUCUCGACCAGAGACUAGACCUGGAAAGGGCUCUACAGUUUUUAAUGGGGCCCAGAAUGGUGAACAUCAGCUAAUCCGAAGGGAGUUUCAGACCAGUGUAAUCAGCAGAGACAUUGAUACUGCUGCCAAAUUUAUUGGUGCAGGUGCUGCAACAGUAGGAAUAGCUGGUUCUGGUGCUGGUAUUGGAACAGUCUUUGGCAUCCUUAUCGCUGGUUAUGCCAGAAAUCCUUCUCUGAAUCAGCAGCUGUUCUCCUAUGCUAUCCUGGGAUUUGUCUUGUCUGAAGCUAUGGGUCUCUUUUGUUUGAUGGUCGCUUUCUUGAUCUUGUUUGCCAUGUAACAGAAAUUACUGCUUGAAAUGUUGGCAUUCAUAGUAAUUAUGGAUAUAAUUCUGUGUAACUUACUGUGACUCCGAAAAUUGUAGUGUUGGUGUCAUGGAAAUCUACGUUAUUUCCAAAGUCAUUUCAUUAAAG